AUGCCAACUCAGUCCCUCCUGGUGUACAUGGACGGACCUGAAGUCAUUGGCAAUCCCCUGGGGGCCCCAAUAGAAACGGACGAUGGCGUGUCCAUGAAAGGGACCGCUGCCGUGCCCUUCAGACCGACGCAAGAGAGAAACGGCAUCCAGAUCGAAGGCCACCUGCCCCUGGACUGCAUGUUUUGUAGUCAGGCCUUUGCACAUUCAGAAGAACUCAACAAGCACGUCUUGAUACAACACCGGCCGAUCCUGUGUGAGCCAGCGGUUCUGUGUGUCGAAGCCGAGUAUCUCAGCCCCCUGGACAAAAGCCAAGACCAUGCCGAACCCCCGAAGGAGAAGAGCUGCCAAGACAGCGACGGCUUUAGCUGUGAAGUGUGCGGGCAGACGUUCCGAGUGGCUUUCGAUGUGGAGAUUCACAUGAAGAAACACAAGGACUCCUUCACGUAUGGAUGUAACGUGUGUGGACGACGCUUCAAGGAGCCGUGGUUUCUGAAAAAUCACAUGCGGACACACACCGGCAAGUCCGGGGCCAGAAACAAGCUUCAGCAAGGCCUAGAAAGCCCUGCAACCAUCAAUGAGGUGGUCCAGGAACACGCAGCCGAGAGCAUCUCAUCUCCCUACAAAAUCUGCAUGUUUUGCGGCUUCUUCUUCCCAGACAAGGAUGGUCUCAUUGAGCACAGCAAAGUGCACACCAAAGAAACGGUGUCCGGCACCUGCGAGCCGCCGGCCGACUCCCGGCCUCAGGGGAUGCCAGCUCCCAGGGAAGACUUCAUGCAGUUCUUAAAGUUACAACCCAAAGCCCACCCAGAAAAGGUCAAGAAGCCAGCCAAGUGGAUACCUCAGCUUGACCCGUUCAACACCUACCAGGCAUGGCAGUUGGCCACCAAAGGCAAAGUUGCCAUUGGCCGAGGAGAAAUCAAGGAGCCUGGGCAAGAAGGGAGCAGCGACAAUGACGAUUCGUGUUCAGAGAAAGAAGAACUUGGAGAGAUAUGGAGCGUCAACAAGAGCCAGUCGGAAGGGUCUGGGAAGUCCAAGCCAAACAGAGGGAGUUGUGCCGGCCUGGCCCAAGACAAAGAGAAGGCUCGGCAGGCCAACGGGGAAGUGCCUUCUGUGGACACAGACCCCAAGUUAGUCCACAGCAAGGAGAAGCCCACGCACUGCUCCGAGUGUGGCAAGGCUUUCAGGACCUACCACCAGCUGGUCCUGCACUCGAGAGUCCACAAGAAAGACAGGCGGGCCGACGCUGAAUCGCCCACCAUGCCCGCUGACGCCAGGCAGCCGAGGACUGGCUCUCCGGAGCUGGCCGCCCCUCUGGAUGAGAACGGGGCGCUGGAGCGGGGAGAAGGAGGUUCUGAAGAUGGUUAUGAGGAUGGACUCCCUGAAGGGUUCCACUUGGAUAAAAAUGAAGAUGGAGGAAAGAUAAAGCAUCUUACGUCCUCACGAGAGUGUAGUUACUGUGGAAAGUUUUUCCGCUCAAAUUACUACCUCAACAUUCACCUCAGAACGCACACAGGGGAAAAGCCGUACAAAUGUGACUUUUGUACCUAUGCUGCAGCCCAGAAGACAUCUCUGCGGUACCACCUGGAGAGGCACCACAAGGACAAACAGCCAGAGGUCCCCCCUGAGGUCAAGGGCGACAGUAAAAAUCAGGAGACCGAGGAUGCACUAUUACCCGCCGAGAGUGGGCAGACCAAAAAUUUGAAACGAUUUUUCGAUGGUGCCAAAGAUGUGAAAGGCAGUCCCCCUGCAAAGCAACCCAAGGAGCUGCCGCCUGCCUUCCAGAACCUUCUAGGCAGUGUUGUCCUCUCACCUCUUCACAGAGAUGCUCAGGAUUGCCGUAAGGAUGUGGCCGACGACAGCACGCACAGAACGCUUGUCCCCACUUACCUGGACCCGCUCAAAAGGAGGGCUGGGGUAGAGCCCCAAGCAAGCAAGGCCCAGGUGGGUGCUGCUCCCCACCCCGACGAUGGUGCCCCCCACCGCCUGGAAGCCGGCCCCCGAGAGAAGACCCUCGAGGUUGCCAGUGACUGCAAACCCAAGUCCCCCCAAGACUUUCAGGAGAAGCCUUUGAAUCUGUCCCUGGGCGCCCUGCAUAGCUGCCCAGCAAUCUCCUUGAGCAAAAGCUUAAUCCCAAGUAUUGCCUGCCCCUUUUGUGCUUUCAAGACAUUUUACCCUGAGGUUUUAAUGAUGCACCAGCGGUUGGAACACAAGUACAACCCCGACACCCACAAAAACUGUAGAAACAAGUCCCUGUUGAGGAGUCGGCGCACCGGGUGCCCGCCAGCCCUGCUCGGCAAGGACGUGCCACCCCUGGCCAAUCCCCACAAACCCAGGCCCAAGUCAGCCUUGCUCGCACAGGCCAAACCCCUGCCGGCCGAUAAGGGGAAACAGUGCCCCCUGGGGCCCGGCAAAGCUCCUCCGACCUCGGGGACCGACUCCAGCACUUUAGUCCCCAGUAACCUGAAGGCUCACCGGCCCCAGCAGAGCCCCGGUGGACAAGGAGCUGCCCCCGCCAGACCGCAGCCCCCCGAGAGCUUCUCGAAGGCCAGCAUCUCUCCUGCUGUGGACAAAGCCAAAAGAACCGAGGCAAAGCUGAAACCCCUGACUGGAAGCCCUGCCCAGCCCCCCCUAAGCAGUGGCCACAUCAAUGGCUCCGUGGACCACCUGGCCAAGAAUGAUAGUCCCUGGGCCGCUCCGGGAAGAGACUAUUUCUCUACCCGGGGUGUUGGCAGUGCCACCACGGAAUUUGGUGAGCCGCUUCCCAAAAGACUAAAGCCGAGUGUGGUAACUCUUGCCGUUGACCAGCCUGGGCCCAAUUACCGCAGGCGGAGCUAUGACCUUCCCAAGUACCACAUGCGAGGGGUCUCCAGCCUGCUGCCUCAGGAGUGCGCCUGCUCACCGCCAUCAGUGUUGUCCCCCAAACCAAGGUUCUUGAGUUCCAGUGAGGUGGAGCCACCCAGCGUGCUGACUGUGCAGAAGACAUACGGCGGCUCCGGACCACUGUACUCUCCCUGUGGACCUGCUAGCAGUCAGGCACCGAGCGCCACGCUAGAAGGAAAAAGGCCUGUAUCUUACCAACAUUUAUCCAACAGCAUGCUACAAAAGAGAAACUAUGAGAGUUUUAUUGGGAAUGCACAUUAUCGACCAAAUGACAAAAAAACUUGA